UCCAUCAAUCCAAGAAUCUAGCCAGCCUCGUAGCGAGGAGCCCCACCAUUUCCACUUUCAAUUUUCGAAAGGGCCAAAGCGCAAACGCAGCAACAGCACCACGGGAGGAGAGCAGCAGUGAUGGCCGGAUACAGAGGCGAAGAUGAAUACGAUUACUUGUUCAAGUUGGUUUUGAUCGGCGAUUCUGGAGUGGGUAAAUCCAACCUUCUCUCCAGGUUCACCAAGAACGAGUUCAAUCUCGAGUCCAAGUCCACUAUCGGCGUCGAGUUCGCUACCAAAAGCCUCACCAUCGAUGGCAAGGUCAUCAAGGCUCAAAUUUGGGACACCGCCGGCCAAGAAAGGUAUCGCGCCAUUACUAGUGCUUACUAUAGGGGUGCUGUUGGUGCUCUGCUUGUUUAUGAUGUCACCCGGCGUCCUACAUUUGAGAACGUAGGGAGGUGGCUAAAGGAAUUGCGGGAUCAUACAGAUCCCAACAUCGUCGUAAUGCUCAUUGGCAAUAAAUCAGAUCUUCGACACCUUGUGGCUGUCCCAACUGAUGAUGGCAAAGCAUUAGCAGAGAGGGAGUCCCUAUAUUUCAUGGAGACUUCAGCAUUGGAAGCUACCAAUGUGGACAAUGCCUUCACAGAAGUACUUAAUCAAAUAUACCACAUUGUGAGUAAGAAAGCGGUUGAGGCUGGUCAGCAGGCUUCUGCUUCAAAUGUCCCAUCUAAAGGAGAGACUAUUAACGUCAAAGACGACAUGUCUGCUUGGAAGAGAAUUGGAUGCUGUUCGAGCUAGGGUUGGCAUUCAAUGGGAGUGGCGAUUGUUUCUGCUAGAUUGCCUGUUUCUUUGUACAUUAAUGAUACAAUUUACUAACCAUGAAAACACAGCAAGGUGUAUUCUCUAUGAGCCUCUGGUUAAACUAGAGCUGGCCCUAAUCUGCUUGUAGAAUGUGAAGACAAAGUGCUUGUAUUUCAUAAACAGUCUUGUUUUUAAUUUGAGAUUAUGGAGAAAUGAUUGUUCUACCCA